AUGCUUAGGUUUGUUAGAGGGUAUGCCACAAAGUUCCGGCCCGGCGAUCUGGUGAUAAUCCGGCCUCUACGAAAAGGUGUUACGCCAAAAAAAUGGCUUUCUAAUGCUUUGGAGCCUGGAAAGAAACUAAACAUAGAUACAGGUUCUUUUCCUCACGAGGAAAUCAUUGGCACGUAUCCACGCUCCAGAAUAUAUGAAACGAGAGGGAAAAAGUUAUUCAAGUACAUUGUGAGUGCACCAACUACCGAAGAGUAUAUAAAUAUGACUGGAAGAGAUGCCCAGCCCAUAUAUCCGUAUGAUGCCUCUUCAAUGGUUGCUUUAGCAGAUAUUCACAUGGAUUUCCCGGAAGUAGAUGCUGCCGGCAACUUAGUGAAUCCUCCUUUUCAAUAUUUUGAGGCCGGAACCGGCCAUGGCUCGCUCACUUUGCAAAUUUGUAAGGCUAUACACUCUGCAAAUGCAUAUGCCAAGUUUAGCGGUGAUCCGGCGAAGAGGGGGGCUAUUUUGCAUUCUCUUGAUUGCAACGAACGUCAUUCGAAGACAGGUCAGAGAACUAUUGCUCAUUUCCACAAUGGAAUGUAUAAGAGCGAUGUUGAGUUCCAUAUUGCCGAAUCUCCAUCUGAGUGGCUAGAAAAUGAAGCUUCCGAGUGGAGAGCACUAUGGCCUCGUGAAAAUGAGGAGUCUGGCCUUGAGGAAAAGCAGGCAUUUCUCUCGGGGGCAUUUCUUGAUAUGGGAGGAUUUGAAAAGCAUUUAGAGACCGUAUCAAAGAAUUUGCUUCUAGAUGCUCCAUUGCUAAUAUUUUGUCCAUCUCUUACUCAGGUGAUGGAUGCGCUCAAACUUAUUGAUGCAAACCCUGGCAUUAGACUUCAAUUUGUUCGUACAAUUCAAUUGCCCCCGGGUGUUGGUGGUGGUUUGAAGGAAUGGGAUACCAGGAAGACUUUUAUUAAGGCCACUGGAGAAGAGGGAUGGGUUUGCAGGCCUAAAGUUGGCAUUAGGGUUUGUGGCGGUGGCUUUAUCCUAAUUUUCAAAAAGCCUACUUUGAAUAUCGACAUCCAGAAAGAGCUUCAGGAGAUCAAGGAUUAUAUUCCUGAGCCAAAAGAGGAGUAUGCUCCGGGUGUUUCUUCCGAGGAUAUGUCUAAAAAUUCAUCUCAAGCUGUUUCUAAAGAUGCCUCUGUAGAAUUAUCAACUGAUUCCACUUCUGGCACUCCUAAGGAUGAGCAUUCGGUCCAGGCAGCCAAUGCAAAUGCCGAUAAACCAGAAAAGACGAAAGAUGACGUUUCCGAGCAUCACACUUCACAUAGUAAUGCAGACGGCAGCAGCUAA